GACCCCGCAUUCACUAUAUCUGGUCUCCCCGGACCCCGCAUUCACUAUAUCUGGUCUCCCCGGACACUGCAUUCACUAUAUCUGGUCUCCCCGGACCCUGCAUUCACUAUAUUUGGUCUCCCAGGACCCUGCAUUCACUAUAUCUGGUCUCCCAGGACCCUGCAUUCACUAUAUCUGGUCUCCCCGGACCCUGCAUUCACUAUAUCUGAUCUCCCAGGACCCUGCAUUCACUAUAUCUGGUCUCCCAGGACCCUGCAUUCACUAUAUCUGGUCUCCCUGAACCCUGCAUUUCGACCCUGCAUUUACUAUAUCUGGUCUCCCAGGACCCUGAAAUCACUAUAUCUGGUCUCCCCGGACCCUGCAUUCACUAUAUCU